CAAUCUGUCAACAUGAAUCCCCAUUUUUAAUUCUUCUCUCACCUCUCUUCAAUUUUCAUCGUCACUAUUGGAAUAUAUACAAUCUAUUAGCUUAGCUAUAAUAACCCUAAUUUUGAUUUCAAUGCUGUAGCUUAGGCGCUUAGCCACAGCCACAAUAUAAUUCAGCAUCAGCAUUUGUGGGAUCAAUAGUCAAAUCAAAGGAGUUAUUCUUGCACCUAAAGAUGGAUAGUAAGUUGAGGAACAGGAGUAGUAGGAGUAGCAGAAAUCUGUAUAUGAAGGAACAAGAAGACAAUGAUGGUUCGGACUCCCCUCCUUCAAAUUCCACCCUCUUCAACAUUGAUGCCUUGGUUACUUCUUCUCCAUCAUCUUCAAGUAAGAGAAGGCGAGGCGUAGAAAAAAGGGUGGUGCAUAUAAGAAUAAAGGAGGGAGAAGGACCGAGGCUAAAAGGGGAAAACAACACUCCACCACCCUCAGAUUCAUGGGCAUGGAGGAAGUACGGCCAGAAACCCAUAAAAGGUUCCCCUUACCCGAGAGGAUACUACAGAUGUAGCAGCUCAAAGGGGUGUCCGGCGAGAAAGCAAGUAGAGAGAAGCCGAGUGGACCCCACCAUGCUGGUAGUUACAUAUUCAUGCGAACACAACCAUCCAUGGCCUUCUUCACGGAACCACAAUAGAUCGUCUACUAAGAAGCCCCAGCCCUCCGCCGAGGACCUACUUGUGGACCCGGUCGAACCGGAUCUUGAGGGCCACGACUCCAUCAUUCAUGACCUUGGCUGGUUCCGUGAUAUCUCGGGGGCUCUCACCCCGUCUUUGCCCGCCGUACUGGACAGCCCCAUAUUCUCUGGCUACGACGAUGCGGAUGUGGCGGCCUCGGUGGUGCUGCCCAUGGGGGACGACGAGGAGUCGCUCUUUGCGGACC